AUGCCAACUGACCAGGCAGAACAAGAACCACCUGGCACGCCAGAUACGGUAGUUCUCGAGGAACCGUGUUCUCCAAGAACGUCUGCACGACUUGAGGGCGAUUUUGCUCGUCUGAUACCCGUAAAUCGUCCUGCGCGACUCGCAUUUAGCAAAAUUGCUCAGCGUAUACGACUUGAUCCCGACUGGCAAAAGCACGCAAGGCAAUUCAUUCAUAUCGAUGAGACAGCGAAAGAACUCACCUCCUUUGAAGAUAGUGAAGCUGAUGACGAGGUCAGAUCGCGCGACCCUUCCAUUUUGUCCGGUCAUUAUAUCUUCAGCAUGACGAAGUUGCCCAAAGUACCUCGACUGGGUUGGGUCUGGGGAAGCGGUAGAAGAGAUCUGCCCGACGGACAUAUUGACUUUCUACUCACUGUCGACCGGAAACAGGACCGCAUUCUGGGGAGACACGGCCGGGUUUUUCAUACCAACGAUGGCCUGCUGGCAGUUACUGUCCCUGCAAAAGAGCCGAUAUAUAUCAAUGGCGACGAGAAGCUUGAAAAUGGUCAAAGGAUUAUCUACUUGCCUCGCACUAGUAUCACGAUCGGAAACCUCACAUUCUGUCUGGAAUUCACUCAGCUGGGCAUAUAUCGAACUCAGGUGAACACUUUGAUGUCCGAGUGGCAUGGCCGGCAAAUACACCCUUCCCUUGAGCCCACCCCACAACCUUAUCACUUUAAACUCCAUGGAUUUGUGAUACAAGAGCCUCUAAGUAGCGGCGGUCAUGGUGUUGUCCUCGGUGGCAUAAAUUGCGAGACUGGUAGUCCUGUGGCCGUUAAACGCUUACAAAGAACAUGUGGAAACCUUGAGCGUAUCCGGCUAGAGAUAGAGAUCUCCAAGCGGGUCGGGUCGUAUCCAAAUCUCUGCAACUUGAUCGCUGAAGAGUAUUCUGGUGGGGAAGCGACAUGCAUAGGGGAUGGAAAACUUGGUGAUGUGUAUCUGUUCAUGUCCCCACUUGCGUUGGAAUCCUUCAUUGAGCUCACCAUGUCGGCGAAGUCUUACCGCAUCCGUCAAAAUGCCAUGCAGCAGGUCCUCCGUGGCCUCGCUCACCUUCAUGAAGAUGGCAUCAUGCAUCGAGACCUCAAGCCGACCAAUCUCAUGAUGUUCGCAUAUGAUCCGCCCCACGCUAUCAUUAUCGACUACGGUUGCGCAACUCUCAAUGCAACAUCGGCGGAUCACAGCGUGGGAACGAUUGCGUAUUUGGCCCCAGAGGUUCUCGCAAUCAAAGCUGGAACGAGUAUAGGCUCCAAGUACGACAGCAUGGUGGACUUAUGGGGGAUGGGCCUUACAGCAUACCGGCUUUUCUUCCAGGAGGGAUGCAGCUGGAAGAAUGGUGUGGGACCGGAUGAGUGGGAGAAUAUCAAGCAAAAGCUACAUCAGCGUCCCGGAGUGUUGUCUAGGUUACUGGAGAGUAUGCUCGCUUGGACACCUUCAGAUCGUCCGACAGCUGCUGAAUUGGAAGCCUCUGAAGUAUGGCUCUAG